AUGCUGUGGCUCAAAAGGCAAGAUGACUCUCCCAAAGAGAUUUUGAAUUGGAAGCUGUGGUAUGGCGUUUUUGUCUUUGGACUUAUGGGCGCUGCCCGUGGUCUGGACGAGGGUCUCAUCGGAACGUCAGCCUCGCAGAAGAGUUUCAUCAAUCUUUUCGGGCUUAAGGACCCGUCUCUGAGCGAAAAUCAGCAAGCAGAUCUCCUUUCGAAUAUCACAUCCAUGGUCCAGCUGGGAUCGAUUGGAGGUGCUUUGUUGGCCUUUUUCAUCACAGACAAGAUUGGACGUCUCUGGGCAACAAGGGAACUCUGCAUAGUAUGGGUGGUUGGUAUAGCAAUCUUCCUCGGCUCAGCAUCCAAUGGCAGCAUCGGUAUGGUGUACGCUGGUCGAUUCAUUGCUGGACUCGGAAUUGGCCAGACCACUGUCGUGGCUCCGACAUAUCUUGCUGAGGUAUCCCCAAAGUUCACUCGAGGACUGGCUGUCUGUAUGUUCUCCGGCAGCGUGUACCUGGGCAUUAUGCUGGGAUACUUCGCCUCUUGGGGCUGCUCGAUCCACAUCAGCAACUCGUCCGAGAUGCAAUGGGUCGUUCCGAACCUUCUGCACAUCUACUUCGCCGCCAUCAUCUUCGCGACAUCCUUCUUCGCGAUCGAGAGCCCAAGAUGGCUCGUCAAGAUUGGAAAGCAUGAGAAGGCGUCGUCGAACCUCUCGCGGUUGCGAAACCUCCCUGUAGAUCAUUGGUAUGUGCAGUCGGAGCUUCUGGAUAUCAACGAGCAGCUGGAUCGUGAACGAGAGGCUACCCAGGGUGCUCAUUGGACUGGUGUGCUCAAGGAGCUCGUGUCUUCAUCUGCGAACCGAUACCGUCUGAUGCUCUCGAUUAUGUCCCAGUUGCUUGGUCAGUGGAGUGGUGCCAAUUCGAUCACUAUAUACGCACCGGAAUACUUCGAGAUGGUUGGACAGUCUGGACAGAAUGAGAAGCUGUUUGCUACCGCCAUCUUCGGUGUCGUCAAAUUCGUCUCAGCACUCAUCUGCGCCCUCUUCCUCAUCGAUUUCGUCGGCCGAAAGCGUUCGUUGAUGACCGGGAUCACGUUGCAGUUCAUCUCCAUGCUCUACAUGGCCAUCUUCCUCUUCAUCGACACCAGCGUCGACAACCCGGAGACUCAGACCAAGAGCCAGAAAUCCGCAGCAACAGGCGCUAUCGUCAUGAUAUACUUGAGUGGUUUCGGCUGGGCUAUGGGCUGGAACUCGAUCCAGUACCUGAUCAACUCUGAAAUCUACCCCCUUCGACUCCGAGCCAUCGGCGGAUCGAUCGCGAUGACUAUCCACUUCGUCAACCAGUAUGGAAACAGCAAGGCGGUCCCGUCGAUGUUUAUAGGCAUGGAGCAUAGCGGUACAAUGCUGUUCUUCUCUCUGGUGACAUUGAUCGGUCUGGCGUGGGCGUGGUUCUUUUUGCCAGAACUGGCAGGCAAGAGCCUCGAAUCCAUCGACGCUGUGUUCGAGCUGCCAUGGUAUUUGAUCGGAAGAAAGGGCAAGGAGAUGACCCUUGCUAUGGGUGGAGCUGUGGACAACUUUGGAACGGAUAAGGAGAAGGUCGAGGCUGUGGAGGAUAUCCAGGAGGUUAGUGCUGAGCGCAAGGCUUGA